AUGCCACUUUCUUUAUUUGUAGUACAAGAUGAUAACAUGCAGUCUCGUAUUGUUGCCCAGGCUUUUGUUUGCAAUGAAACAACUGAAACAUAUCAAUGGGUCCUUAAAAUGACCAAGAAAGCAACAAAUAAUAGAUGUCCUCAUAUGUUUGUAACUAAUGGUGAUCUAGCCAUAGAAUACGCAAAAAGAGGUGUUCCUUUUAUGACAAAUGCAACUACUAUUUUUUCUUCUAUUGAAUCUUUAGCUAAACGUUACCUGAGAUCAAAUGUUGCAAACUUUUUAGUUGAACAAAUGAAGGAAAGCUUAUAUUACACUGCUAGUUGUGCUACAGUUGAAGAAAUUGAAUUACUUACCUCUUAUGAACCUUCACAAAGCAAAGAUAUAGAUAACGAGCCUGAUGCUAUUGUUUUGUAUAUUAUAUAUCUUUUAGAACAUUUAGAAGAAACCUCAAUUAUGGCUCAUAUAGCUGCACAAUUUAGUUUGCAAUUAAUUGCGCCAUGUUGGAUUUCUAAAUCCCAACGAUUAGAUGCAGAGAAGAAAUAUAUACACUUUGAACAUAAAACAGAAGAAAUUACCAAUGAUAAUUUUAUCGAUGAAAUGCUUUUUUAUGGAAAAGCUUGGGGUCUUGCACAUAUUGCUGUAAACAAAUGCAUGUUACAUCAUGAUAAUAAGUUUAUUCUGUUAAUUAAGAAUUAUUUAAAUAAGAUUUACACUAGAGAGGAAGAAUUAGUUAGAUUACAAAAAGAAGUAGUGGCCUCAACUAGUCAAAAUGUUGCUAAAAGUACAGAAGAUAGUAUGAUCCAACUUGAGAAUCCUCAGAAAGUAGUUAGUAGAAAAAGACCAAAGGCUGCAAAUUAUCAUAAUAAGGAUAUUACGAAUGUGACAUUACAAGAAACAAGUAAAAAAAAACAUGGGCAGUAUACUUGUGGAUUUUGCAAAGAGCUAGGCCAUAAUAUCGCAACUUGUCUGAAUAAACCAUAA